CUGCCAUCCAUCGCACUAUCUCCUAGUCUCGUUAGUCCGCAUCGCCCUCAUAUCUCUCUUAAACCCUCUGCUCACAACGGUGCAGGCAACUCACCACCUUUCAUUCUGCCACCACGAUGGUCCAAGUCAACAACAAGGUCUGCCUCAUCGUCCAUGAUGGAUGGGGUAUCGCGCCUGAAGGUGAAGGCAAUGCCAUCAGCAAGGCUAACUCGCCAAACAUGACUCGCCUUUCCGAGGAGUUCCCCUACCGCACGCUCGCUGCCCACGGAAACGCUGUCGGUCUCCCCGAUGGUUUGAUGGGCAACUCGGAAGUUGGACAUCUUAACAUCGGCGCUGGUCGCAUCGUGUGGCAGAGCAUCGUGCGCAUCGACCUGUCCAUCAAGAACGACAAGCUCGGCAAAAAGCCCGGGAAGGACGUGGAGAGCUUCAAGAACAAUGAGGGCAUUCAGGCAGCCGUACAACGUGCGGCAAAGGGCAACGGCAGAUUGCACCUUCUCGGACUGAUAUCAGAUGGCGGCGUUCACUCUAACAUCGAGCACGUAUACGCGCUCCUUGACGUUGCUCGCGAGGCAGGCGUCAAGGAUACGUACGUCCACUUCUUUGGUGACGGUCGCGAUACUGGCGAAAAGACCGGUCUUGGAUUCCUCAAAUCGUUACAGAAGCAUUUUGCGGACAACAAGUACGGUACCCUCGCCACCGUCUCAGGUCGCUACUAUGCCAUGGAUCGCGACAAGCGCUGGGAGCGCAUUACACUUGCCAUGAAGGCGCUCAUCAACGGCGAGGGCGAGCAGAGCGACGAUAUCGUCAAGUCGUUUGAGACGCGGUACGCCAACUCGGAGAAGGAGGGUGCGAAGGGAGAAGACUACUCGGACGAGUUUAUCAAGCCCACCGUGCUUAACAAGGAGGGUACGAUUAAGGACGACGAUACAUUGUUCUUCUUUAACUUCCGUGCGGACCGCAUGCGCCAGAUCACGACGAUCUUUGGCCAGGUCGAGGACCAUAUCCCCGAAGUCAAGAUCCCCAAGAACCUCGACAUUACCACUAUGACUCCUUACAAGGCCGAGUUCCCCUUCCACGUCGCCUUCCGGCCGCACUCGAUGGCCAACGUCCUCGCCGACUGGCUCUCGCAGAAGGGCGUCAAGCAGUCUCACAUCGCCGAGACGGAAAAGUACGCUCACGUCACGUUCUUCUUCAACGGCGGUGUCGAGAAGCAAUUCGCCGGGGAAGAGCGGCACAUGAUCCCGUCGCCCAAGGUCCCCACGUACCGCGACCAGCCGCCGAUGAGCGCGGUCGAGGUAGCGCAGAAGGUCGCGACGGUCGUGCAGGCGGAUACGCACGAGUUCGUGAUGUGCAACUUUGCCCCGCCCGACAUGGUCGGCCACACGGGCGACCUGGCGGCGGCCAAGGUAGCCAUCGAUGCAACGGACAAGGCGGUGCAGAUUGUGUGGGAGGCGUGCGAGAAGGCGGGCUAUGUGCUGCUCAUCACCGCUGACCACGGUAAUGCGGAGCAGAUGAAGAAUCCGGAGACCGGAGAGCCGCACACUGCCCAUACGACGAAUCCCGUGCCGUUUAUCAUGGCUGGCGCGGAUAAGAAGUACUCGCUCGCAAAGGACGGAGAGGGUGAGGAGGAGAAGGAGGGUGCGCUCGCAGACGUUGCGCCGACGGUGUUGGCCCUGAUGGGUAUUUCGCAGCCGGAUGAAAUGAACGGGCACUCGCUCCUCAAGGCGGUGGCUUGAACGCAGGUUGAUAGAGGUUCGAAGUAGUGUACACAACCCUUGUAGAAUAACGACCAUCCUCCACUUGAUGAACACCUGUAUAGAUGCGUCGAGUGUU